GAGGUUACUUCCUGUUUGCCCUUUCUUAUCCCGGAAGUGCCAAUGCGCCGCAUGUUUGGGUGUACUAUCUUUGUGUACAUUUACUCUCUGGAGAUGUUACGUUAGCGCGUUAGCUCCUACUUUGAAUGUGACGUUGUUUUCUUCUUUGUUGCCAGUUUUAUGCGUAAUUAAUACCCUGCUAGCAUCUCGUUGUUUGUAAUGAACAUGAACGUCGUGCGUCAUCUUCAGCCUGUUUUGUUUACAUCGCGCCUCUCUUUGUUCAUUUCCGCUCAUUGACAACGUUGCUAACUGUCCAGCCGCGAUGUGCAAAGACGGGGACGAGGCGCAGGAGGACUGCGGCUCCCGGGAGGAGUGGACGCUGCUGUUCUGGACCUCUCUGGCCGUUAUCGUCCCGGUCAUCCUCACACUGUGGUGCAGCGCGCAGCGCUCCAAGCGGAAGACCUACAUGAAGGACUUCUUUCGGAAGAGCAAGCACGGCUGGCAUUACACCGACCUGUUCAACAAGCCCACCUACUGCUGCGUCUGCUCCCAGCACAUCCUGCAUGGGGCUUUCUGCGACUGCUGCGGGGUCUGCGCGGACGAGCAGUGCCUGCGGCGGGCCGACCGGAGCCUGCAGUGCAAGGAGAUCAUGGCCCCGUCCCGCCCGGAUGGAGCCAUGGAGCACCGGUGGGUGCGAGGAAAUGUGCCUCUAGCCAGUUACUGUGCUGCGUGCAAGCAGCAGUGUGGGACCCAGCCGAAGCUCUGCGACUUCAGGUGUGUGUGGUGUCAGGCCACGGUGCAUGACGAUUGCAUGGACAGUCUGGCGGAUGCAGAUGUGUGUGAUCUGGGUGAGUUCCACAGCCUCAUCAUCCCUCCUCACUACCUGCACUAUGUGAACAAGCUGCGGCGCCUGCACCCUGACGAGUACACCAAGCUGGGAGCCUCCUGCAGCAGCGGCUGGACCCCAGUGUUGGUGCUGGCUAACACGCGCAGCGGGAACAACAUGGGAGAGGUUCUGCUAGGAGAAUUCCGCACCCUCCUGAACCCUGUGCAGGUGUUUGACUUGUCAGAGCUGCCUCCUUCCAAAGCCCUCCAGCUGUGCACCCUCCUCCCCCCCGGCAGCGUCCGGGUGUUGGUGUGUGGGGGGGAUGGCACCGUGGGCUGGGUUCUCGAUGCCAUAGAUGAGAUGAAGCUUAAGGGCCAGGAUCCGUUUAUCCCGAGAGUAACCAUUCUGCCCCUGGGAACAGGAAACGACCUUUCAAACACUUUGGGCUGGGGAGCCGGGUAUGCCGGAGAGAUUCCCGUGGAACAAGUUCUUCGGAACAUCCUGGAUGCUGAGGUGGUCAAAAUGGACAGGUGGAAGGUGCAGGUAGCUUCAAAAGGAUCCUACUUCCGUAAACCAAAGGUUCUGUCCAUGAACAACUACUUCUCUGUGGGACCCGACGCUCUGAUGGCGCUGAACUUCCACGCGCACCGCGAGAAAACGCCUUCCUUCUUCUCCAGCCGCAUCAUAAACAAGGCUGUGUACUUCCUGUAUGGAACCAAAGACUGUUUGGUGCAGGAGUGUAAAGACCUGGAUAAGAGGAUUGAGCUGGAGCUGGAUGGGGAGAGGGUGGCGUUGCCCAGUCUGGAGGGCAUCAUUGUCUGUAACAUCGGCUACUGGGGAGGAGGCUGCCGCCUCUGGGACGGUAUGGGAGAUGAACCCUGCCCCCCCACUCGGCUGGAUGACGGGCUGCUGGAGGUGAUGGGGGUGUUCGGCUCCUUUCACUGUGCUCAGAUCCAGGUCAAACUGGCCAACCCCGUACGUCUAGGACAGGCACACACAGUCAGGCUGGUUCUGAAGAGCUCCAAGAUGCCCAUGCAGGUGGACGGGGAGCCGUGGGCCCAAGGACCCUGCACCAUCACCAUCACCCAUAAGACGCAGGUCCUCAUGCUGUACCACAGCGCGGAGCAGACGGACGACGACGAAGAUGAAUCCAGCGCCUCAGAGACAGAGAGCCCCACACAUGACUCUCCCAGACCUCUGGGUUCAACGUCCGCUCGAGCAUGAUGCUCUUCAACCAUCAUGUCCUAACGCUACUCUCGUUAUCCUUUCUUCACCCCGACAAUCACUUCAUCGUCUGCUUUAGCUGCUCUUCUCUUUGCACACACGGUCCAGUCAGAUUUUCUGUGCAAUAGGCUCGGAUCUUUCAGAGAUCUCCCAGAUUAAUUUUUAUUGCCUGUUUAAGCCCGAGCUCCUGGGCCGGUCAGGAGGAGGUAGAGAGGCUGCUGUUCAUUUGCACUGAUCCCUCGUGCCAUUUAGAGACUGUAGCUAGCUGUGCUGUGUUUAUUAUGGCGUAUAAGACUCACUAGUAUUAGUGAGAAAGUUUACACGUUUCAUCCGUCCCCCUCGCCAAAAGCCGUGUUUGAAUCGACAGCAGGCGAUAACAGAAACGAUGAUUUCCCUGUUUUAUAACCAGAAAAGGCACAAAUAUCAGAAAGCGACGCGGUUAAGUUAAGAUUCUCCUGCCUGUGUUCUCUAGAACUCGUUCUGUAACGAUUAAACGCGCGUGAUCAGAGCGACAGCUCACCGCUGGUCUCUGAUGUUUGUUUACAUCUUAGUACACUGGAGGAGGAGCUGUCCUGAGGAACUGGCACAGCUGAUCUGAAAUCUGCUGCAGGACUCGGGAAGCAGCUCGACUUAUCAAGCUUUAUUUUGAAAGCACUGCCAAGUUUGUUCAUUUUUUUCUUUAUUUAAUGUCUCGUCUUUUCCGACCUUCGGCUUGUUCCUGCUGCCCAGGAUGUAGCUCAUAUACAUAAACGAGGAAGCGAUGCCUGCUCAUCUAUUUUAUCUGUUUCACCACCAGGUGGCAGACUGAACACAGUAUUCAGAUGCCAGGCUGUCUCUUCCUAACCACUAUAGCCCUGUGUUGCAUGUUUGAACCCGCCAUGUUCAGGUGACCCGUUGCUGUCACUGAAUCGUGUCUGUCGGGCGUUCGCCCAGAGCCAUAUCAGGAAGUCUGCAGAAUGUCGGAUUAAAGUGGAACAGGAUCUGUUUUUAGCCAUGUGAUGCCUACGCUUUUAAAUGUUUUGAAGAUGUUGAAUGUCCCGAUGCCUGAGGACGCCUGCUUUACCUCGUGCAGGAAUAGUGUCCAAUGUGGAGUUGUUCUGUUCAGCAGACGGCGGGCAGAGUUAUCUCAGUUUGGAGAACCAGGGAGAAAUGCACUAGAGCAAACAGCUGGUGUGAAUAAUGAAGAUGUGUUCUAUACCAGGCCUGUGUGUGCCUCAAAAACAGGAAACAAGCCGUGCAUGGUGGGCAAAAGCAAAAAGAGGGUGCCGGUGUUAUUGUCUGUACAGAAUGGGGUCUAUUGGCUCAUUGGUUAGCUUGGCCUGGGUUGUGUUUACACAGGAGCGUGGAUGUGGGCAAAGAGACGAGCGUGAUUUGCUAAAAAGGUGUGGAGAAGUCCGUGUUGUCCUUCCUAAGCACCACAAGUUGGUAAACAAAAGCGGGCGUGAGCAGCGUUGCUUUUAAAGACUCUGAUAUGAAGCACACAGCUUCCCACUCUCACUAAGCAGCGGUGCUGCCGUGGGCUCGUGUCAGAUGGUCAGUCCUUAUGUUGCUGCUCUGGUCUGAGCUGCAGUCAGAGAAGAUGUUUACCAUCACAUUCAGAUUGCUAAUCAAUCGGGUAUACAGGAAGCUGCUGCUGGCUGGUUCUACCAAGGCCAUUCAGAGGUAAGUAGGUAGGCGCGAGAGUGACGUAACUUCAGCAAACUUCAAAAAGCCAGUCAGCUCAGCACGGACCACGCCAAUGGAAAUGCAAUGACCCAACCUGGCCCAGACCGAGUGUAAAAGACUAUAGUCACAAGAGGGACUAUAUUUUAUUUGUUGAGCUACAAAUUUGACUUGGCCCCUAAAAUUGGGAUAAAAAAUUUUCAUUUUUAUUUUUCCCUAAUUUCUGUCAUUGUAUCUGUUGCAGAUGUCAGCAACAACAGUGUGAUCUUAGAAAAUUUUCAAUUUUUUAAAAGUUAUUAGUAAAAACAAAAGCUGUAACUAAGACAAAUGUUCAGAAGUGUGCAGAAAUAUUUCAGUUUUUCCACACUUUCGUAGAAAGGGAGCCAAAUAAGAUGUCCAUGAUUAUUUUUGCUGUCAUAACUUCAUGAAUGUUGCAACAACAUUUUUGUAAUUUAGGCAAAAUACUUUAAAUGUCUGGUUCAUUGACAAAACAUUUUUUUUUACUUAUUUCUGCUUAUAAUCAGUCACUAGGUUUUUCAUAGAGACUAAACAAGAAAAGAGUCUCCUAAACCAAUCCCCUGCAAUAGUUUCUGACAGAAAUUUGAUGGUGAGACUCUAGGAUUUGAAAAUCCUGACAGAUCUACAUCAGACUCUCAACAUUCAUGGGCUCACCCAUCUGGACUCACAACAGGGAAGGCUGUUGAUUUAACGUCCAGGAAACAUGACCAUUAACACUAGCAACUCCACCACAUGGCAAAACUCCUCCAGGCUUGUGUUAUUUGUGGAGAUAAAACAUCCAUGUUGCGAAGCAAACUGAGUCAGUGGUAGAAUCGCAUUGCUGUUAGCCAAUUAGAAGCUAGAUGUCCAGAUAUCAGGAAGUAAGACUCCAAAUCCUGUCGUCCUGCAUGUAUUAAACCGAGAGUAUAAUACCAGUAUAUUGUAAAAAAAUAAACAUUUUCUGCAGGAUUUGGAGAAAAAAACUUAUGUCAGAAUUUUUUUGUAAUAAUAGGAAGUGAGCUAAUGAACUAAUAUUUAAUAAAAGGAACUCAAAAGCCAUUUUUAGGUAAACUAUAUUUCUAAAAAAUACUUUUAUUCUUAAUUUGCUGUGAGAAUUUCAUGUACUCGAUAAAAUUUGGUUUUAAGUUUCAACAAAUGUCGGGCCACUUCAAAGCAGCUGAAGGGCCACAUGUGACCCUGGAGCUGUAGGUUGAAGACACCUGGGCUGACAUCAUUAGAUAAAUGUAGCAUCUGAUUUGGUUGACUUUAGCUUAAUUUCUCCCUGAUUCUCCAAACUGAUCCCAUCUGCUGAAGGUAAGAUGCUGACAACCUAAAAUCCCUGAACUAUCCCUUUAAUGUGUUUCCAGGAGCUGUGUCUGUGUUGCACUGAGUAAAAAUGUUUAUAUAUAGUUAUUCCAAGUUCUUCUUUUUUUACUGUUCAGACAGAAUCAGCUGAUACAUUUACUGAUUUUCACAUUAUUUGGGAUUUUAGCAGAUACAUGGAUUUUCACUGUGUUGUGUUCACACCAAAAUUUAGAGUAAUUAUUUACAUGUUUUUAGUUUCAUGGUCAAACUUUGGAAUGCAACGAUACGUUUUUCCAAACCGAUAUGAUACCGAUACUUGGAUCUGAGUACUCACCGAUACCGAUUACUGUUACUUCUACCAAACAAAAAAAAUGCAAUGAAUUGGAAUACAGGUUUUAUUUUCUUCUCUGCUUUCAACAGGAAAAGAUUGAGGUAGCUGCAUAAAAUAUAUUAAUAGAAAUGAUCACAAAACUAAAAUAUUAAGGGAACAGAAGUGUCAAGUUGCAGUGAAGCCAUUUUCAGACAACUGCAUUGGUAUCGGUUAACCUUUACCGAUACCAAUAUCGGUAUCGAUGCAUCCCUAGUUACUGUGCUGUUACCACUGGGAGGUUCUAAUGUUUGUCCCUUUGAAUGAAAAAAAAAUCAAGGAAAAUGUUUAGGAGAAAAUCUUUUAUUGGGAACAAUCAUUUAAACGAGAAGAUGAAACCUGAUUUUGAUUGAAAUUAAUGUACGUGUUUGAAAUAUUAAGACAUUCCCAUAAAUAUUUUCAUAUAUAAUCAAA